AUGGAAACAAAUUGUUGCUCUCUGAUAAUGGAAUCAUCUCACCCAGACCUGGUCAUCAAUGUAGGAGAAGUGACUUUGGGUGAAGAGAACAGAAAGACCCUACAGAAGACACAGGGGAAGAAAAUUCAGAAAGAGAGAGAGAAAAUUGCACAGGCUGCGUGCGCUUUAUUAAACUCAGGAGGAGGAGUGAUUCAGAUGCAAAUGGCAAACAAGGAAGAUCGUCUACUGGAGAUGGGACUGGAUUUAGAAGAAGCUCUGAGAGAUCUCAUUAACCCCGGAUUUGCAGCCUGUAUACUUCACUGUAAGAAAUCUGGCACCUCGGUGUUUCAGAUUAAAUCAACAGAAGCAUUCCAUUUCCUGAAAGUCAAGAAAAGAGGUGCAAGUGAUCUGAUUGAUGAAGGCUUUCCGCAUAGUAAAAUUCACAAGGUUGUGCCUCAGAACAUUCGUCAUCCGGAUCUUGCUGAACAGGUGUUCCAAAGUGAUGAGCUUGAAUAUGAAACCAUCCUACCCUUUCCUGAGUCUCAGAACAUAGAAUUUAAAGAGUUCUCUACAAAAAACAUAGAAAAGUACAUAAAAAGUACAAUCCCGAAGUAUGUCUCUGCAUUUGCAAACAGUAAGGGAGGAUAUCUUUUCAUUGGUGUGCAUGAUACAAGUAAGAAAGUCUUGGGAUGUAGAAUAGAAAAUGUUGACCGGGACUCUUUGAAACGUGUAAUGAAAGAAACCAUUUCCAAGCUGCCUGUUGUUCAUUUCUGCUCUUCAGCUGCUCCACAGAUGUAUGCCGAGUCCAAAGUCAUAGAUGUGCUGAACAUGAACGAGUUGUAUAGUUAUCUCUGUGUAAUAAAAGUGAAGCCAUUCUGUUGUGCAGUGUUCUCAGAAGCUCCAAGUUCAUGGAUGAUAAAGGAUGGGCAAGUGUGCAGCCUGACACCUGAGGAAUGGAUAGACAGAAUGAUGGACACAGACCAUGAGUUGGCUGAAGAUUUUGAAUCUCAACUAAGUCUAUCUGAGAGGCCCCCGCUUUGCAGACCAGUGUAUUCCAAGAAAGGUCUAGAACAUAAGACAACCCUGCAACAACGUUUAUUUCCAGUGCCAUCGGAACAUUUUCUAUACACUCCAGAACCCCUGUGGAAGGAGCUGUCCUCACAACAUGAAGGACUGGAAGAGUUACUAAAGGAGGAGUUGCGUCCUUUCUCCAGGGGACUUUUGAUCCUUUCUAGAAGCUGGGCUGUAGACCUGAACUUACAAGAGAAGCAGGAAGUCAUCUGUGAUGCUCUCCUGGUUGCACAGAACAGCCCUCCCACUCUCUACACCGUUCUUGGAGGGCAGGAUGCAGAGGCACAUCGCUACUCCACCCUUACUGCAUUUACUUUAAAGCAGAAACUGGUCAACAUGGGUGGUUACACUGGGAAACUGUGCGUCAGGACCAAGAUCCUCUAUCUGAAUCCUGAGAGCACUGUAGAGUCCUUGCAGGGUCCAGGCUCACAGAUAGAUUAUCCUGAGUCCUAUCAUCUUGCAAAUGCCCAACAAAUGGAAGCCUUGCUGCAGUCCCUUGUGAUCAUCCUGUUAGGCUUCAGAUCUUUCCUAAGUGACCAGCUCGGCUGUGAGGUUUUAAAUCUUCUCACAGCCCAACAGUAUGAGAUAUUAUCUAAGAAUCUCUCCAAGUGCAGAGAGCUGUUUAUCCAUGGUUUACCUGGAUCAGGGAAGACCAUCAUGGCCAUGAAGAUUAUGGAGAAGAUCAGGAAUGUAUUUCACUGUGAAGCACAUGAAAUUCUCUAUGUUUGUGAAAACCAGCCUUUGAGAAAUUUUAUUGGCAAUAAAAAUAUUUGCCAUGCGGUGACCCGGAAAACUUUCAUGAAAGGUAACUUUGAGAAGAUCCGACAUAUCAUCAUUGAUGAAGCACAGAACUUCCGCACUGAAGAUGGUUGCUGGUACGACAAGGCAAAAAGCAUCACUUGGAGAGAAAAGGAUGGCCCAGGAAUUCUCUGGAUCUUUCUGGACUACUUCCAGACUAGCCACCUGGAUAUCACCGGCCUCCCUGUUUUCUCGGCCCAGUAUCCAAAAGAAGAGCUCACAAAGGUGGUUAGAAAUGCAGAUCCAAUAGCCAACUACCUACAGAAAGAAAUGCAGGCCGUGAGAGCAAGUCCUCUGCCUAACAUCCCUCCCCAGUACCUGGAAAUGCUCUGUACAGCUCAGUGGGCUCAGGGCGUUUCAGGCUACUUCGAGCUUAAGCACUUCCCGACCUUGAAAAGGAUUGCAAUCGAAGUGGCAAACAAGUGCCAGUUUCUCUUCAAGAAGGCUUAUUCUCCCAAGGAUAUUGCUAUACUUUUUGGCAGAGUAAGUGAAGUGUCAUGUAAAGAUAUAGUUUUAAAUGAAAUAGAAAGGACAAUUAAUACCAACAACGGUGUAUCUCAUAUCAACAAUGUAUCCAUUUUAUCCAGUGACAUCACUUUUGACAGCAUCCGUAGAUUUUCAGGUCUGGAAAGAAACAUUGUGUUUGGAAUCAACCCAAAAGGUGCUGAGUCAGAGCUUUCCCACAGUCUUCUGCUCUGUUUGGCUUCCAGGGCAAAAAAACAUCUAUAUAUUUACUUUGGAGAUUUUAUAAUGGAAUACCCCAAUCUAAGAAGAAAUUAUAAAGAAAGAUAUACCCUCUUACUAAAACCAGAAAAGGAAUGA